AUGUCUCCAUUUGACGAGAGCCAGAAUGAGUGCAUUGACUCAUAUCUACUGAGAUUUGAGGAUAUAGCAACAUCAUGCAACCUCCCACAGACAGAAUGGGCAAGAAGCCUCAUGGGGCGCUUAAAAGGUAGAGCCAUCAACAUCUGUCUUCAAAUGAGAGAUGAAGAAAGAAAAGAGUACGUGGCCGUGAAGGAGGCGUUGCGGAGACAGUUUGGCUCCACAAGUUACGAAUACAGAAGGAGAUUGAAAGAGUCGACACCUCUGGCGAACGACGAUCCUCAAAUAUUCGUCACCAACAUGUCGAUAUACUUCGAUCGAUGGGUAGACCUGUCAAAAGUGGAUCACAAAUAUGAAACCCUCAGAGAACACAUCAUAAUGGACGCUGUGAUGGAAGCUUACAAUAAUAAUGUGAAAACAUACGUCACGGAGCGAGAGCCAAAGACCAUCAGCAGCCUGAUAGCACAACUAAGGCAGUAUAAGGCCGCACACCCAAUGGAAGUAACAAACCACAUUACAGACACUUGCUUCUACAACCGACGCAAUAGAGUUUGGAACAACAGACCCAGAGAUAGAGCAUUUGCUGCCAAACACGCUAAUAAACUGCAGGUAUACCCGGGCUUUGUGGGAGAACAAAUGACCAACGUACUGUACGAUACAGGUGCAACUGCAAUUUUAGUCGCAAAAGAAUACGUCAACCCACAAGAGUACACCGGAAGAAGACAAGACUGUGUUGGUUACACGGGUCAAGUAACUACACAUCUGGUAGCACGUAUCAACAUACACACACCGUUCAUCAGUGGUUGGCAUGAGGCUUUAGUACUAGACAAUAAGCCUGACAACAUUGGUCUUAUCAUUGGCUGUAUCAAAGGCUCUAAACCUUGCACAGUAGAAGAAUUGAACAAGUGGAAAGAAAAAUACACACAGAAAUGUUCCAUGGUUACUACAAGAGCUCAGAAGAAAGCAGAAGAAGUGCUAAAUACAAACGAUAACAUACAAGUUCCUUAUAACAAUGAAAAUGAAAAUACAGAAACAGAAAAUAGCGAUAUGAGAAGCCAUAAUCAAGUGAACAACCCGAAUGAAAUCUCCACAGAAAGUCAAGACCCACUACACAUUAAAACAGAACAAUUUGUCAGUGAACAGAAAAAUGACCCAGAUCUAAUAAAACUCAUAGAAAGUGAAGCUCCACCAAGACGAGGGUUAAUUAAGAUAGGCGAAGAUGGUGCCUAUGUGAGAGAAAUUCAUCUGAAAGCAGGCAAGACACAACAAUUGCUAGUUCCAAAGAAGUAUAGAGAAACAAUUUUAAAGCUUGCACAUGACACCCCGUUUGCCGGACAUAUGGGAGUAAAGAGAACAUUGAAUAGAAUCUUGAAUGAAUUUUUUUGGCCUAGAAUUACGCAAGAAGUCAAGGCCUACAUAAAAUCUUGUCAUAUUUGCCAAAUACAUGGAGCAAAGGGAACAUAUAUGCAAGCUCCAAUACAAACAACAGACUUAAGUGAAAUGCCAUUUGAAAAGAUAGCCGUAGAUAUUAUUGGACCAAUGCCAGUAAUAUCCGGAAGAGGCCAUCGCUACAUAUUGACUGUUGUAGACAUGUGCACACGGUUUCCAGAAGCAAUACCAUUGAAAAGAAUUUCUUCCGAAGAUGUCGGAGACGCACUUACAGCAAUAUUUGCAAGAACAGGUUACCCUCGCAUAAUACUGAGUGAUCAAGGCACCCAGUUUAAAUCAAAUGAAUUCGCACAGUUUUGCAAAACUCUGAAUAUUAAACAACAAUUUGCUGCCCGUUUUCACCCCCAAGCAAAUGGGAUGUGCGAACGCCUGAAUUCAACGCUGAAAACAAUGCUGAACAAAGUAGCACAGGACAACCCAACAGACUGGGACAAGCUGAUCAACCCCAUACUGUUCGCCUACAGAGAAGUACCACACACAACAACGGGCUUCUCACCAUUCGAGAUGCUCUAUGGCUCACCUGUUAGGGGACCCAUGUCACUAUACAGAGACUUUCUAGUAAAUAGGAACAUAGAACAUGACGUACACACAGGAUACGAUCUUGUCAUCAAGACAAGACAAAAUAUAAUCAAAGCAUGCGAAACUGUCCAAAAGCAAACAAACAGAGAGAAACCAGAACUAUUGAGAAAGUUAAAUCAGGGGCGAAAGUUGAGAACACUACAAGUUGAUGAUAAUGUCAUGGUUCUGCUGCCUGACAGAAAUAACCAGCUAUUUAUAAAAUGGCAGGGCCCAUUCCAAGUCACAAAGGUGAUUUCGAAGGUCGACUACAGCAUAAACAUCAGAGGCCGAGACAAAGUAUUUCACAUCAAUAUGCUGAAGCUGUACAUGCCCAGACCAUUUACUCUUUCAACAAACGCUAAUCAAGACACGCAAGACAGUUGUAGAGUAAUGGUGAUAGAACCAAUAGAGGAAGCAGAUGAUGUCUAG